AGCUGAUGCUGGAGAGCCGUCUUCAUCCUACCGAGCCGACGAGAGGAGGGGGGCAGGACACAGAGGGAGAGAACAGGGGAUCUUGACUUCAAAUUGUCGGCUUAAAAAGACAUUUUGGAUCCAGAGAGCGGUGGGUCCCCGGAGUUUGUCGUGGAAAAAGAGAGAGGAACUGAGAAAUAGGGGACUAGAAAAGAACCGGCCGGUGGCACAUCAACACGAGCGGACGACAAGCUUUUACAUACAAAGGAGUAUAAAUAGAUUGAAGAGGCAGCUAGAUGGGGCAUAAAGAAAAUUAAACAUGUUUACCGUGCAUGGACGUAUGGCCUGGUCCAGGGGUCCGAUCUGCAGUUUGGUCAUUUGGUUUAACUGUUAAGCGACAUUGGGACACAACACUGCGAUAAAAACACUGGACAGUCGUUUGUUUUGCUUACCAGUGGCUUUAAAAGUCUCGGGUUAAGGACCAAGGUUUUCGUGCCAAAUUAAUAAAACAGUGUUAUUCCGUCUGGCUGUAUGUAAGGACAUAGCACACGUCGUGUCAGUAAGUGUUGUCAGGUAUUUAUGUUUUUGAACGCAGGACUCUAAAGGUUUUUUUUAUUUCGGGCUAGCCGGAAAGCUAGCAUGCUAACCGACUAGCCUCUCAGAGUUAGCAAGUACCUCGAGCAACGGGGUCGAAUUAAAAUACGAGUACCGGAGCUGUUUUGAUUUACAAUGGUUUGACUCUUGUGAUCUGGCAUUAUUUAACCGAAAUAACCCCACGGAGGGUCAAUGGGUUCACUCUUUUCUUUCAUUGUUUCCUUAUUUUGUUAGCCGUGGGGCCGUUGUGGGACUCAGCUGAUAGGAUAGACUGAGAGAGGAGAUUCAAUUAAAAUUUGAGAAAAAGUACUUAAGUUUUGCUUUUGAAAAUGACAACACCUUACUAGCACCUAAUUAGAUUUAAGUGUGGAACUACAUCGCAUGCUGUCAAGUGACACAAUUGCUGUGUAACUUAGUUUGUAAACUGAAGAAAAGCAAUAUAAUACCGUCUACAGACAGCUAGAGAGUUAAAUCAGCUUUGAGAAAGGCCUAUUUAUGUUACCAUUUUAUCGUUAACCAAGGCGACAAAGGGUUUAAACCGAGGUCUAAGGUCAAACCAAAACAUCUCAAGUUUGUUAAAUCCAACUUUCUGUCACACUUUAUGUAACAAAUCGUUUAUUUCAAAGCUACUUGUUUGAUUCUUCCAACAAUGUGUUGUAUCACUUGGGUUGUUUAUUAAAAACUAGACCCCGACCAUCUGCAGAAACUAAGCACGUUAAUAAAACCAUGGAUUAACUCCACGUAAGUGGACGUUGGCGCUUUAACGUGUCCGCGAUGAAGUGCACGUGCUCAAUUUUGACACCGUAAAUAUAUUUCGUCGAUUAACAGACAUUGUGGGUUUUCUUGAGACUUCGCAGAGCUCCUUGCUGUGUUUUGGUUGAGGGUGCGUUUCCCCUCCCCCAGCUGUAACUCGCCCCGGUGCGAGUGUCAGUCUUUCAAAACAACAAAAGCCACGAGCUACGUGUAGUCGAAGUGCUCUGUUCUCCAGAAAGUGCACGCGGCUGAUGUGAUGGAACUGAUGUUCGCUGAGUGGGAAGACGGAGAGAGGUUCUCCUUUGAAGACUCGGACCGGUUUGAGGAGGACUCCCUGUGCUCAUUCAUAUCAGAGGCUGAAAGUCUCUGCCAGAACUGGAGGGGAUGGAGGAAGCAGUCUGCUGGUCCAAAUUCACCCACUGUGAAGAUUAAAGAUGGACAAGUCAUCCCUCUGGUGGAGCUGUCAGCCAAGCAGGUGGCUUUCCAUAUUCCAUUUGAGGUGGUGGAAAAGGUCUAUCCACCUGUUCCCGAGCAGCUGCAAUUACGGAUCGCAUACUGGAGCUUCCCAGAGAACGAGGAGGACAUCAGAUUAUACUCGUGUCUGGCCAACGGCAGCCCUGAUGAGUUUCAGCGUGGUGAGCAGCUCUACAGGAUGAGAGCUGUGAAAGAUCCUCUGCAGAUAGGUUUCCACCUCAGUGCCACAGUAGUGUCACCCCAGGCUGGCCAAUCAAAAGGAGCCUACAAUGUGGCCGUAAUGUUUGACCGCUGCCGCAUCACUUCCUGCAGCUGCACCUGUGGAGCAGGAGCCAAAUGGUGUGCUCACGUUGUGGCUCUCUGCCUCUUCAGAAUUCACAAUGCAUCUGCGGUUUGUCUCCGAGCACCUGUGUCAGAGUCCCUAUCUAGAUUACAGCGGGAUCAACUUCAAAAGUUUGCACAAUACCUCAUCAGUGAACUCCCACAACAGAUCUUACCGACAGCUCAGCGUCUUCUGGAUGAGCUUCUUUCUUCACAGUCUACUGCUAUUAACACUGUGUGUGGAGCCCCAGAUCCUACCGCUGGCCCUUCAGCCUCUGACCAGAGUACUUGGUAUUUAGAUGAGUCCACCCUUAGUGACAACAUUAAGAAGACCCUGCACAAGUUCUGUGGCCCAUCACCUGUGGUGUUUAGUGAUGUGAACUCCAUGUAUCUCUCAUCCACUGAGCCUCCCGCAGCUGCUGAAUGGGCUUGUCUGCUAAGGCCCCUGAGAGGAAGAGAACCAGAGGGCAUCUGGAACCUUCUGUCCAUCGUCAGAGAGAUGUUUAAGAGGAGGGACAGUAAUGCAGCUCCUCUGUUAGAGAUCCUCACCGAACAAUGUCUCACACAUGAACAGAUUAUUGGUUGGUGGUAUAGUGUGAGGACAUCUGCCUCUCACAGUAGCGCCAGUGGGCACACAGGCCGCAGUAAUGGUCAGACAGAGGUGGCAGCGCAUGCUUGUGCCAGUAUGUGUGAUGAGAUGGUGGUCUUAUGGAGACUGGCAGUGCUAGAUCCUACUAUGAGUCCUCAGAGGCGUUUAGAACUUGCUGCCCAGCUAAAGCAGUGGCACCUAAAGGUUAUAGAGAUAGUGAAACGGGGACAACACCGCAAGUCCCUGGACAAACUCUUCCAGGGCUUCAAACCAGCGGUGGAAUGCUGCUACUUCAACUGGGAAGUCGCCUACCCUUUGCCUGGCAUCACCUAUUGCAGUGCAGAUAAGAAAAAUACCUCGUUUUGUUGGACCAGGACAGCUCAGCAGCGCCGAGGUGCUAAAGCUGGGACUACCGGGGACCCUCAAGAACCCGGAGGAGGAAGUCGCAGUGUAACGUCAGAAGCCAGCUCCUCCGAACAGAAGUCACGGAGCGGCUCCCACCCUCCCCAGCAGGAGGUGGCUGUCCGCCCAAAAGAGACCAUCGUGAGCAAGAGAAAGGGCGUUUCCGUGGUCAACACCGGUGGCGUGCUGGUUCGUCUGGGUGGUGGGGUCUCUCUCUCACUUGAGGACGGAGGAAAAAGCAUGUAUAAAGCCAGUGGCUCCUCACCAUCAACUAGUAGCAAGGCCAAGCUAACGCAAACCAGCAAGGGCUCAUGUGGAAGUUCAAGCGGUGUCAGUGGGAAGCACCCCAGUGCUAAGAGGCGAACCAGCAGUGAGGACAGUUCUUUAGAGCCUGACAUGGCAGAAUUGAGUCUGGAUGAUGGCUCCAGUCUGGCUCUUGGGGCGGAGGCCAGUAAUACCUUUGAUUUUCUUCCACCUCCACCUGAGAUGCUACCUUCACCCAGCCCUCUGCUUCGAGAGCCACGCAAAUUCAACAGUGGUAAUGUUUCAAAGGACCGUCCGUUCGAGACGAAACGUGCCACACACGCUUCCGUACCUUCUGCUGCUGACGCCCACGCUUGCUUCUCUAAAGAGACCUCAAUGUCAGCCCCAGCCGUGGUAGCCAUGGAGAAAGAGGUGGAGGUAGAGGCAGAUCUGGAUGAGAACGGAGGAGACGAGGACCCGGUUGAAGAUGCUCCAGGCAAGGCUCAGCGUAGCCGGAGAGAGGGAGAUGGCAGUGGGGCUUCGCCUGGACCUCAGGCAGCUGAGGCGGCAGCCGCAGGAAGUGGAGAUGCGGUGGGUGAUGAUGACUAUCAAGCGUACUACCUUAGUGCUGCAUCAGAAGAGGGAGCGGAGAGAGGAGUUGCAGACAGCAAUCAUGAAGAAGAACCAGACAUCUUUGCUGGUAUGAAACCCUUGGAGCAAGAAGGCAGGAUGGAGAUACUGUUUGCCUGUGUGGAGGCUCUCUAUGCUCAUGGCUACAGUAACGAUGCUUGCCGAUUAGCAGUUGAACUGGCUCGAGAUCUUCUGGCUAACCCACCCGACCUCAAGGUGGAGCAGCCUCAGACAAAGGGUAAAAAGAGUAAGGUGUCGACCACUAAACAGACCCAGGUGGCCACAAAUACCCUGUCUAAAGUAGCUUUCCUGCUAACUGUUCUGAGUGAAAGACUAGAACUCCAUAAUUUGGCGUUCAAUACUGGCAUGUUCUCCUUGGAGUUGCAGAGACCACCAGCUUCUACUAAAGCCCUUGAGGUAAAGCUGGCGUAUCAGGAGUCAGAGGUGGUGGCUCUGUUAAAGAAGAUUCCUCUGGGUGUUGUCGAAAUGACUUCCAUAAGGGACCGAGCAGAGCAGCUCCGUGAUGGAAACUUCUGUGACUACCGGCCUGUUCUGCCCCUCAUGCUCGCUAGCUUCAUAUUUGAUGUGCUCUGCACCCCUGUGGUGUCUCCCACGGGCUCUCGACCUCCUAGCCGUAACCGUAACAACGAGAUGCCUGGCGAUGAGGAGUUGGGCUUUGAGGCUGCUGUGGCAGCUCUUGGUAUGAAGACUACUGUUAGUGAAGCCGAGCAUCCUCUUCUCUGCGAAGGUACACGGAGGGAGAAAGGAGACCUGGCUCUUGCAUUGAUGAUCACGUAUAAAGAUGACCAAAGCAAGUUAAAAAAGAUUCUGGACAAGCUCCUUGAUCGUGAGAGUCAGACCCAUAAGCCUCAGACUCUGAGCUCUUUUUACUCUAGCAAACCAGCCACAAGCAGUCAGAAGAGCCCAUCUAAACACGCCACCCAUGGUGCCAGCGGGGCCACAGGCGGAGUGUCAAAGCACGCCCCAUCAGCCGCUGUGCAGGGAGUGAGCGGUGGAGGAGCGACUGGGCAGCAGGGAGGUGUAACGGGUGUUCAGAGCUCAGAGGGAAUCGGAGAAAAUAGAGAUCAAGAAGGUGUGCAGUCUUCCUCCUGCGAGCAGCAGAGCGAGACGGCACCUUUCAAACCUGAGGGCACUGUGCCCAGCCGUCUGGCACUGGGAGGCCGUGGGGCAUACAGCACACGCUGCUGGGGAUCACCUGUGCGGCAGAAAAAGAAACACACAGGCAUGGCAAGCAUUGACAGUAGCGCUCCAGAAACCACAUCAGACAGCUCCCCCACUCUUAGUCGACGCCCACUUCGAGGUGGUUGGACAGCUGCUUCCUGGGGAAGAGGCCAGGACAGUGACAGCAUCAGUAGCUCUUCUUCUGAUUCGCUGGGCUCGUCGUCAUCCAGUGGCUCACGCAGAGCAGGAGGAGGAGCCAGAGCCAAGAGUACUGAUACCAGCAGAUAUAAAGGGCGUCGGCCUGAAUGCCACGCUCCACACGUGCCCAAUCAACCGUCUGAGGCAGCUGCCCAUUUUUACUUUGAACUGGCCAAGACCGUGUUGAUUAAAGCUGGAGGAAACAGCUCCACAUCCAUCUUUACUCAACCCUCCGCCAGCGGAGGCCAUCAGGGCCCUCACCGCAACCUGCAUCUGUGUGCCUUUGAGAUUGGCUUGUAUGCCCUCGGCCUGCAUAAUUUCGUGUCUCCUAACUGGUUGUCGAGAACUUAUUCUUCACAUGUAUCAUGGAUUACAGGCCAGGCAAUGGAGAUUGGUAGUGCUGCCCUCAACAUCCUGGUUGAAUGCUGGGAUGGGCACCUCACACCUCCAGAGGUGGCGUCACUUGCAGACCGUGCAUCCCGAGCACGAGACCCCAACAUGGUGCGUGCUGCCGCAGAGCUGGCCUUGAGCUGCCUGCCUCACGCUCAUGCCCUUAACCCCAAUGAGAUACAGAGAGCGUUGGUACAGUGCAAAGAGCAGGAUAAUGUCAUGUUGGAGAAGGCUUGCAUGGCAGUUGAGGAAGCAGCAAAGGGAGGGGGUGUUUACCCUGAAGUUUUGUUUGAGGUGGCCCACCAGUGGUACUGGCUGUAUGAGCAAACAGUGGGUGGGGGCUCAGGUUCCCAGAGAGAGGGUUCUGGACGCUGCGGGGCCAACGGUGGAAUAGGGAGAACCCCUCCUGAGGGAAGCUGUGGUAUCCUUGACAACCCUGGAGUCAUGGAUCCAUCCGGUGUUGCAGCGGUAACAACAACAGUGACUGCGGCUGCCGUAGUACCUGUGAUUUCUGUCGGCUCCACCAUCUACCAGUCACACGCUUUGCCCGGUUCAGCCAUGGCGCACGCGCAGGGCCUCCAUCCGUACACAACCAUUCAGACGCAUCUGCCCACCGUCUGCACCCCACAGUACUUGGGCCAUCCGCUUCAGCACGUCCCCCGUCCUGCCGUCUUCCCUGUGUCUGGGGCUGCCUUUCCACAAGGAAUGCACCCAGCCUUCAUCGGUGCUCAGUUCCCAUUCUCAGUGGCCACUGGCCCUCAUCCUCCUAUGGCAGCGACCGCUGUCACUUUCCCUGGAGUUCCUGUCCCGUCCAUGACUCAGAUUGCCGUCCACCCGUAUCAUGCUGCAGAGGCAGGUCUGCCUCUUAGCACUGCUGUGGCAGAUGAACGACUUUGCAGACCGUUUACAUUGAUGGACAGCUACAUUACACACUGCAGUAAAGCAGGAGGGGCCAUUCAGGCCGCAUCCCUUCCAGGACUCUCAUCCCAACCCGCCUCAUUGGUCAGUGCGCCUUUUCCCGUGGAAGACGAGCAGCACAGCCAGCCGAUCAGUCAGCAGGGACUGCACUACCUCCACUCGGCAUACAGAGUCGGAAUGCUGGCCUUGGAGAUGCUGGGAAGACGAGCCCACAACGAUCAUCCCAACAACUUUUCCCGCAGUCCCCCAUACACAGAAGACGUCAAAUGGCUGCUGGGCCUGGCUGCACGUCUCGGUGUGAACCAUGUGUACCAGUUUUGCGUAGGUGCAGCAAAAGGCGUUCUGAGUCCAUUUGUCCUGCAAGAGAUCAUUAUGGAGGCUCUGCAGAGGUUAAACCCAGCACAUAUCCACGCACACCUCCGCACCCCUGCCUUCCACCAGCUCGUGCAGCGCUGCCAGCAGGCCUACUUACAGUAUAUCCACCAUAGGCUGAUCCAUCUGACUCCGGCAGACUACGACGACUUUGUGAACAUCAUCCGAAGUGCACGUGGGGCGUUUUGCCUGACGCCAGUUGGCAUGAUGCAGUUCAACGACGUCCUGCAGAACCUGAAGAGGGGCAAACAGACAAAGGAACUCUGGCAGAGGAUCUCUUUGGAGAUGGCCACCUUCUCACCCUGACUGCUAUAGAGACCAGCAGGGAAAAAAUCUUCAUUAUACCUGCAGCUAUUCCCUAGACCACUAACACGACACACGGCUAUCACUUUUCUACUCUAGGAAGUGUAGCCAACCCAACUUCUUGUACAAGUCCAUUCACGUGACAUGUAGUCCCAACGUUUUUAAAGUCAUGUAAAUGUGGCUACUGGAGCAGGUAAAUUCCUCCAUUUGAUGGGUCCCUCGUUUGAGUCGUUGAUCCCAGUGUUGUAUAAUUUUUCUUUUUGUUCUCUCUCUCUCUUUUUCUCUCAUUUUGGUGUGUAUUGUCAAGUAACUUAAUGGCUAUCAAUGUUUUCUCUAUUUGUCCUAACAUCCUGCAUUCACUGAUUUCUGUGCUUUGCUUUGUGGUCCCCUGAGUUCAUUUAGACGUUCAAUAAAGGGGAUGAAGGUUUCCACUUGCUAUGUUAAUGUUUGGUUCAAAUUUAAACGAUGCCACUGAACGUCAGGAUCAUACUGCAACAUUCCUCUACCCUGGAGAGCAGAUUCUCCACCGGUCAUAAAGGAUUUCAACGAUGGAAAAUUAAUGGCAGUGUAUAAAAAAAAACUUUGUUAAAAGAAUCGAAGAGACAUUUACUAUGACAAUAAUCAAAGUACGGGUGAGGAUUCUUGAAAUGGUUUGUUUUAUCUUUCGUUUUUAAUACUUUGUAUAGUGCGGUGUGUCUGAAGAGUAAGAUGAGGAAUGGAAGAAUGUUAUUACUGAUUGCUCUGUGGGUUCCCUUUUCCAGUCAAUUGCUGGUGCUGAGUUGAGUGCUGGAACAGAGAAGUCUGGCUGGACCAGAUUACGCAACUUUUGAAUUUCUAAAUGUCAGGGCUUCCUGAUAUUUAAAUUGGUUGGAUUUUAUAGCUCGGACAAGCAAUUCCGGAUACAAUAAACGGAUGUUGGUAUCUGCGCAAUUUCAUAUUUUUAAAGUAAGCUAAACCACACAUCUGUUAUUUCUUGUUCUCGGUAUAAUAUAGGUUAACUGCUUCCCUCGGCUUAGCGUAGUUAAGUGGUCAAUAAACGUCACUGCCAGAUUCUCAUGUUCCCAGCGUCAGCUCAGCCCCAGCUUUGGAACUCAUUAGUGGAGAGUGAGUGCGUAGAAAAUGUACUGUGAUAUUUUUGUAUUCUUCAAGUGUAGCUUGGUUGAAAAAAACAAACAAAAAUCUAUAUAAAUACAUAUAAAUAUAUAAACUGUGCUGAUUGAAAAAGGCUGUAAUCUAGAAUAAACAGGGAAAAGAGAAAAACUAAAUUGGAACAAAGCAAUAUUAAAAAUGUAGAGUUUACUUAAUAAAGAUAAAUGAAAACACUA